AUGUGGUUUCUGGCGGCAUUCACGGCGGCGUUGAUCACUCCGACAGAUUUGAAACCCUCCAGUCCGAAGAACAAUUCAUCAAGACAGGCAUUAGAAAAAAAAACCUUCAAUUUCUAAAUCUGAUUGCGGCUUCAGGAAGUCUUCAGCUUCGCGCCAAACAACACACCCGUUGCCCGGGUCUACAUUUACGGCCGACCAAUUUACGUUCGCCAGCCGUUUGUCAUCCCUCAAAGAGACUUUUUAGGUACUGAUUUAACCGUUUGGAGUGCCAUCUUAACGUUCAGAGAAGCCCAGACGACCCGCGAUAGCCGAGGAGAAGAUCUUAAAGCAUGAGCUGAAGCGACUAGUUUCCUAAUACAAAAUUAAUCAGACACUAAUCUAUCCUGCAGAUAUCUUCGCCCGACUUAUUUUCGAAAAGAAAGUUCCGCAACGACUUCAGUCUUCCUCCAUUUUUCAACGACUGGGAUCACGACUUUCCGCGGCCCAAGUACCCGCUUCCACAGUGCUAUACCAACGACAGUGGUUCAUGAGACUUUCGCGAGAUUUCCUAAUUUCUCAGGCUUCAUGUGUUGCAAUCCGCGAUUGGAAUGGCUCAUGAAAGAAACCUACGACGACUUGGACAUGGAUCCCAAGUGGCAAUCCUGCAACAUAGAAAAGUUGGUCGAGAAGAUCCAGGUAUUCCUUUUAUCACACGGUCUUAGAAAACACUCACUGGCUUCUCAACAAGUGAGGUCAAUCAAUAGGUCUAUUAGAUUGCUCAAACUUUUUGCUUUUUAUUAUAAAUCGAGCAUAUGUAGUUGCUUUCUGGGCCUACUCCUAGUUCAAGAAAAUUUACGUUUGAGAGUUUUGUUCUGUUGAAAACUCAUAUCUUUGAAAUAAAAAUUUACAUCUCCAACUCUGAAACUUUGUGUACAUUAUGACUAUUUGGGUUCGUUCGAAAAAUCAGAGUUUGAUGGAACAAAAGAAGUAAAUAUCCCGAACAUCUAAUUGGAUAGCCUCUGAAACAAAAAUGUUCAGGAAAACGCACACGAAGCCUUCGAUUUGAAUUUUGAAACUAUAGUAGGAUAUGGUGACUUCGCAACGAAGGUUCACUUCUACAAAGACUACAUCUGCAAAAUCGAGAGAGGCGAAAAGUUAGUGCCGACUGGGAAAUAGGGUGAAUCUCUUGAGUUUAAGGUUCAUCAUCGCCUAUGCAUCUCCAAGUCAGCCACAUCCGGAAAAAGAGCCCUACAUAAUACCGGACGCCUAUCCGACGGCAUAUCAAACUCCAUACAGAGGCUAG